CGAGGGACCAGGAGUGAGCGGAGGCGGAGGAGAUGGCUUCCCAGCCGCCGCCUCCCCCGAAACCCUGGGAGACCCGCCGAAUUCCGGGGGCCGGGCCAGGACCAGGACCCGGCCCCACUUUCCAAUCUGCUGAUUUGGGUUCUAGUUUAUUGACAAGACCUGGACCAACACUUACCAGAGUGCCCCCACCUAUUCUUCCAAGGCCAUCACAGCAGACAGGAAGCAGCAAUGUGAAUACUUUCAGACCUGCUUACAGUUCAUUUUCUUCAGGAUAUGGUGCCUAUGGAAAUUCGUUUUAUGGAAGCUAUAGCCCUUAUAGUUAUGGAUAUAAUGGGUUGGGCUAUAACCGCCUCCGUGUAGAUGAUCUGCCACCCAGUAGAUUUGUUCAGCAAGUUGAAGAAAGCAGCAGAGGUGCAUUUCAGUCCAUUGAAAGUAUUGUGCAUGCAUUUGCCUCUGUCAGUAUGAUGAUGGAUGCUACCUUUUCAGCUGUCUAUAACAGUUUCAGGGCUGUAUUGGAUGUAGCAAAUCACUUUUCCCGAUUAAAAAUACAUUUCACAAAGGUUUUUUCAGCUUUUGCAUUAGUUAGGACUAUAAGGUAUCUUUACAGAUGGUUACAGUGGAUGAUAGGUUUAAGAAGAGGCUCUGAGAAUGAGGACCUAUGGGCAGAAAGUGAAGGAACUGUGGCUUGCCUUGGUGCCGAGGACAAAGCAGCUAAUUCAGCCAAAUCUUGGCCAAUAUUCUUGUUCUUUGCUGUUAUCCUUGGUGGUCCUUACCUCAUCUGGAAACUUCUGUCUACCCAUAAUGAUGAAGUCACAGACAACACCAACUGGGCAAGUGGUGAGGAUGACCAUGUAGUUGCUAGAGCAGAAUAUGAUUUUGCUGCUGUGUCCAAAGAAGAAAUUUCUUGCCGUGCUGGUGAUAUGCUAAACUUAGCUCUCAAGCAACCCAAAGUGCGUGGUUGGCUUCUGGCUAGUCUUGAUGGUCAAACAACAGGACUUAUACCUGCUAAUUAUGUCAAAAUUCUUGGUAAAAGAAGAGGUAGAAAAGCAAUGGAAUCCAGUAAAAUUUCCAAGCAGCAACAAUCUUUUACCAACACAACACUAAUUAAAGGAGCCACGGCUGCUGAUUCUUUGGAUGAACAGGAAGCUGCCUUUGAAUCUGUUUUUGUUGAGACUAAUAAGGUUCCAGUUGCACCUGAUUCCACUGGGAAAGGUGGAGAUAAACAAGAUCUUUGAUAUCUUUCAUGUUUGCCUGCAAUUGAACUAUACUUUUUAAAAAUUACUUCUUACAAAGAAAUUAAUCUACAAUCCAAUGAACACAUUUGUUAAUGGCUAUUCCAGGUGUUUUGCUGCUAGAAAUUAUUAAAGUUGUACACUAGUA